UUCAAAAUGGUGGUGUUUUCAAAUAGGAAAUAUAACAUCGACUGUUUAUUUUACACUUUUUCUUUGUAUCUUGUUUAAAUUUUCGAUGCAAGAACCACUAAACGCUUCCUGAAGUGUUCAUCUUCAAUUUAAAUAUGAUUCGAAAUCGUGUUGAAGAUUUUAGCGCUCAAAAACAGAUCCCAAGAGUUGGACAGGAAGCAAUGUUCUUGGAUCAAAUCCAUAUAUCUUUGCAAAAACCUAUUCCUGAACGAUGCGAAGAUGUCAGAAAAAUGGUACAGGAAUGGAAUAUCAAGGAUCUCCAUGUUUUAUACCCCCAUCUUCUUGCAAGUAUUUUCAGUGUGACUCCAGGGAAAGGCUGGGCUCUACACACCCCACACUCCAGAUCACUGGAGGCUUUCCGUCAUUUCCUGGGUCCCCAUGGUCCGGUGUGGAGUCUGGUUGAAAAACUCGACAGAGAUUCUUUCCUUCGAUACGAGUUUCCUGUGAUAUGCUUGCCAAAACCAACUCAACGUCUGUUUACUGAAGGAAUCAUUCCAACAAUGUAUUAUAACAAAGUGUCGUUCAACAAUGACAGCAGAACAUCAUUAGUUUUAAGCACAGGUGCUGUGGAAUAUUUUCUCUAUCAGUUUGCAUAUUUCAUAACGCAAAGUAGCUCACCUUGGGACAGCACCAGAGCGGCUGACCGAAGCCAUGACACAAUCUACACGGCCUUGUUCUCAGAAUUCUUGGAGUAUUUCCUUCCAACGCAAACCGUGACAUUACCAGCACAUUCGUCUGGAAAUAGAUCACAGCAGCAGCCGAAAUUGACGCCAAGGAGGUACUUUAAUGGUGUUGGUGAGGCAGUUCCACCGUCCUAUUCAGGUCUCAUUAAGUCCAUUGACAGCAGGCAAACCACCGCGGCUGGUCCCUCGUACGAACAAUAUUCCAUCCAGGCUCGUUAUUCUGAACUGUUCCUUCAGAUUUUUACCGAAUUCUGGAUGAACCACGGUGUUGAUAGAGAAGGCUCGCAGACGUUCAUCCCUCUCGGCCAGGAGUAUUUUCUGCCCAGUGUUGACCACGUCCGUGUUGUGAGAAUGUUGGUGAAACAUCUUCAUCUUUUCAUGAACGAGCGCAUGAACAACAACAACUCAGCGAUCACGUCAAAUAACGAAUUCGAAGAGGCAUCAUACAGAAAUUUUAUGCCCGAAUCUAUGAAACUAUUCAAGAAAAGACUUUAUUGGUUUAUCCACCAUUGUUUCGCGCAUUGGCCUCUGGAUCCAACUUUUAGAUUCAUUUUGGAAACUUGGUUGAGUUACAUUCAACCCUGGAGGUAUAUGAACUCGGAACAAGGCUCCUCACCAUCAAGAAGUUCUGGAAGAAUUCUUUUCUGGAAACCUUUCGUUCGUCACAAUUUGUUAUUCUACACGAUGAUCCUGCAAGAAUUCUUGAACAGAGCCGAGAAGCUCAACUUAAGAUCAUCAAAAGACACACAGCUUUUUUAUCGUGUUACGAAAGUAUUUUCUCAAGAGCACUUAAUGUCCAUCAUUCACGAAGCGGAGUACGAGCUGAUGUCAUAUCUACAAUCAACGCAAGCUGGUUUCAUACAGAAAUCUCGAUCACCAAAACCUGAGCAAUAUCAUCAUUUCGUGGAGAUGCAAAGUCCUGGGGCCCAGUACAGACCACUCUGGAUGGAGGAAAUAAUAAACGAUGUUCGUCAAUUGUUACACCGUGUCGACGAAGUUUUACGUUCUUUGCGCGAGCCUCGAGGCAACGACGUGGAUCGUGUAAAACAAGAUGGUGGCUGGUUUCGGACGAAAAUAAAAAACACUCUAAACUGGCUUCAGAAUGCCUUCGCUAUUGAUGAAAAUUAUUGGUUGAUACAAGACGAGAGCUCAAGUGCCCAGGAACAUUUGACACAAGUUUCACGAAACCUCAAGAAAUCGUUUCAGAUUGAAGAUGAUGUACACGAAUCCACGAUACCUUGGGCAGCGGAUGUUGAUGACAGUAGAUCGAUUCCACAGAGAGGUAGUGUUGAAAUCCUACCAGAUUGUAAGAAAACCGAGAGAGGUCUGGAGCUGACUGCACUGGGAAAAUAUCAGAUGGCAAAUGGUCUCCGUCGUUUCGAUAUUCAAUACAGUGGUGACCCAGACUUGCAACCCGUUCGAAGCUUCGAAAUUGUCUUCUUAGUAAGAGCUCUUCAUAAAACCUCGACUCUACUCAACGAAAAGUUUGGGGCCCAUCUCUCAUCGAUCUAUACCUCACAUGACUGGCGCGGUUCCAUAGCUCGUUACCUGUCCCCUGGAGUGAAACAUCCGCGCGCUCUGACUCCAGUCAAACACGUCCAACAUUCGGUCAGCGACGACACGUUUGGAGAAGCAAAGAUAAGUCUUCGUUACCUUGCUUCGUAUAGAUUGUGGGCUCAGUUAUUGUUACUGUAUUGUUUUAUAUCGUGGGUAUUGGGCAGACCUUGCUUGGCCUGCUUCGUACUUGUGUUAGUCUUGUUGUAUAUGUUUGUGUCUAAUAUUCAUGCUGUCAGUGGAAAAGGGACUCGGACACGUACAAACAGUGACACUUGGGGGUAAAUUGGGUAAACAGAGGAACAAAUUAUAGUGAAGUUAGUGGGGAGUCGCGCACUGACAAGGUUCACACAAACCUGUUCAAACCUCAUUUACUGCGGCUCGUGAAGGUCUUUGAGUUCUCCACUUUUCUGCCAAGAUGCAUUACUUUCUGAAAUUAUUUUAAUUUUGAGUUCAUGAAGGUACAAUAGUUUUAUAAGGUAUUGUGGUUGCAAAACAUGCAUAGUUUUCAAAGCAAUGUCAUUAACAUAAAGCUCGCUGAAGCUUCACAACUAAACAAGUCUAGUCCACAUCCCAAUAUUUGCAUUCAGCUACUAUAUAAAGAUCAGUGGCUGAGGAUAGCGGACUCGCGAUAGUGCUUGAAAACGACGCGUCAGAAAUGGGAAAUUUUGGUCACUGAUCUCAAUAUUAUAGCGGAAUGCAGCCUCAAAGGUUGGGGUGCACUUUGUAAUGUAAACAAUCGCUUUGUUUAUGUUGAAUUGCUACAUAUUUCCUAAAAUAUCAUGAACUGUCAGAAUGAUGUGCGCAUUUUUUGUUAGCUUUACUGCGCUGAAGUUGGAGUUUAUAUUCACUACUUUAGAAAAUUAAAAGACUUGCGAUCAAGUAGGCUACCUUAUAGUUGUAAAUAUUUUCGAAGCUAAUACUAAAGACAACAUGAAACUUCAAAUAACCGCUCGCGAUCAAAUUUGAACAAACGU